AUGGAGAAAUUAACCGGUGAAUUUUUAAUCAAUAAACAAUUUCUUCCUAAUACUUUAAUUACAUCACAUUUAAAUAAAUAUCCAUUAUCAUUGCCACAAUUAGCUCAAUCCAUACGUUAUUGUUCACAUUUUAAAAAAUCAAUAUUUUAUGUAUAUAUUAAUCGUACUGGACGAUGUGCUCCAUUAUGUGAAUCUAAUAUACUUUAUACAACAGAAGCUAAACAUUUAUCCAUUAUGUGGACUAGUAUAUUAGCUGGUAUUUGUAGUUUAAUGACAAUAUUUACAUUAAUACGUUAUAUAAUGAAUUUAACAGAUUUUCGUUUCAAUGAAAAACCAAUUAUUUAUAUUGCAUUAUGUCAAUUAUUUUAUGCAUUAGGAUUUGGUUUAAGUUUAAUAUUAGGUCAAUCUAAUGUAACAUGUGGACAAGAUUUAGAUUCUGGUCAAAGAAUUCGAUUGCAAGAAGCUAGUUAUAUUUGGUGGACAAUGCUUGUUAUUCAUUGGGCUUUACAAAGAAUCAGUAUGAUUACAUCAUGUAUUGGUUGUUGUAAUACUCAUCCAUCACAAUUAAGUAAUGAUAAUAGUGGAAAUAUUUGUAGUAAUGAUAAUAAACAGUUGAAUCAUAUUGAUGAACUGAAUACUGAAUCAAAUUGUUAUUGUUUCCCAAUUAAUUCAUUUUGCUUCUGUUCAGAAAAUUCGUUAAAUUGGAAUCAAUCAGAAAUUAUUAUGAAUGAAAGAUUUAUGCAUCCUUCAACAAAAAAGUAUCAUGCUAGUAAUAAUAAUAAUAAUAAUACUCUAAACAAUCCAGCGUUAAAUACAACACCUACAAAUGUAAAACAACAGUAUCAACCAAAUUUUCAGAAUACAUUGAAUCAAACAAUAACUAAUAGUAUGAAACGUGAUAAUGGUAGUUGGUCAACAACCAUAAAUCAUCAUUAUCAUAAUCAUGAUUAUUGUCAACAACAAAGAUAUAGUAUGAUGUUCACGUCGAAAUCCGAUCAAGUUUCAGCUUGUUUAACUAGAGAGCAUGUAGUAGCAUGGUUGACAGCUGGUUUAUUUACUGUUGGUGUUCUUGUUAGUCGACAAGUUGAUGCAGAUGAAUUAAUUCCAGUUUGUGGUGUAGGUCGUCAAAAUACCAAUGUUCUUGGUGCAUUUAUUCUUGGACCUCAAACCGUUCUAAUCACUUUAGGAGGUAUUGCGUUUACAAUUGGUUUCCUGUGUUUGUUACCAUGUUUUCGCAAACGUAAAUGUUUUUAUUGGUCACAGUGUAAUACUAAUGGAAAUCAAUCAAGUCGACAUCAUUCUGUUCAAUAUAAAAAACAAAAUUAUAAUCAUGGGAUAGAUGGUCAACCUACUGAUAGUAAUCCCACAUUGACAAGAUCUAUGGUCAAUAGAUCUCAUCAUCAACAUCAUCGUCAUCAUCAUCAUUAUCAACCUACAUCUCAUAAUACCCAUCAAUCUCAUCAUCAUGCAUAUGAUCAUCAGUCUCAUCCACAAUUCCAUAAUCAUUCUUCUCGACGUUUUCAUCAAAAUUAUCCUCAACAUUUAUGUUAUACAACCUCAGUGUCAUCAUCUUCAUCAUGUGAUCCAAUGGAAUUUCGUAUUGGGUUAUUCUGUUUUCUAUAUUUAAUCCCAUUAAUUUGUAUGAAUGCCUGUGAUUUAUACGAAUAUUUAUAUCGUGAUAAAUGGUUAACUAUUCCCGAUUAUAAACAACAUUUGAACGAUCAUAAUACUAAUACGAAUACCAAUAAUUAUAGUAAUAAUAAUAUGAAUAAUAAUGAUAGUCGUAAAUUAAUGAAUAGUCGAUAUCAUAACAUUUAUGGGACAAGAAAUCAUCCAGAGAUAAUGAAUUUUGCAUCAUAUUUAUGGAAUAUUAAUGAAGUAUAUGGUCCAAAUCCAGAAUUAUUUAUGUUACGUAUAUUUAUGUCACUUGUCACUGGAUUCACAUGUAGUUUAUGGAUGUGGACUGUGAAAGGUUGUUGUUGUUCUUAUUUAAAUUAUGAUUGUUGUUUAUGUGUAACAAAUAAUAUUGGAACAUUGAAACAAAAACGGUGGGAAAAUCAAAAUUUACUGCGAAAUUCAAAAAUAGUCGAAUUGACUAAACAGAACUAUUUAUGUUCAAAUGAAUUGAUUAAAAAUAAUGAUAAUAAUGGUAAUAAGCAUAUUUUAAAAUCCAAUUUUACACGUACACCUGAUGGUACCACUUAUACACUACAUCCAUAUGCAAUUUAUCAACAUACAAAAACACCAGACAGUUAUCAUUCACAACAAUUAGGAAUAAAUGGACAAUUUGAUCAUCGAUUUCCAAUAAUUGGUUGUUGUAGUAGUACUAGUCAUACUAAUACUACUACUAAUCCUGAUAAAAAUUCUACUAAUAUACCAUCUGUAUUAACUAAAGGUCAUUUAAGUCAAUUAGAUACAAGUUUUGUUGUACGUGAUUUUGAGCAUUCAAAUUCUACUACACCGGGUUAUUAUAGUCAUGCAAAAAUUAGUCCAAAUAUGAUUAUUGACUCAAUGAGUGAAGACGCAUCGGCCUCGUCAAUUCCACCACCUUUACCACCAUCUAAUAGUCGACCUCCACGUUUACCUGCACGUGGUGAUCCGUGUGUUGGGGCAUCAUCGAGUCAAGUAUUUGGAUUAAAUAACAAAAUGAAUACAGAUAAUUUAGAUAAUCAUAUAACUAACGCCACCAUGAAUAAUAAUGUUAUUAAUUUUAAUAAUAAUAAUGACAAUAGUGAAACUGAGAAUUAUAGUUUAAUUCAAUUUCAAAUCACGAGUUAAUAUGAGUAGUAUCAUAUCAUGAAAAUGUUUCUAAAUCACAAUCACACCUUGCUUAUGUAAUAUACUUACUUAUGCAAGUGAACAAUAUGAUCUUCCACAUCGAUUUCUUAAGGAAAUCUUAAUUUCUUUCCUUUAUAAUUUCGUUCUUAUAGUUGUUAUUGUCGACACCGUCGUCUUCACUAUAUAUAUAUAUAUAUAUAUAUAUAUAUAUAUAUAAACAGAUAUAUGUUUCAUUGUUACUGGUGUUCUACCAAUAGAUGAAGUCUAUGCAAGUUUUGUCAACCUCCGCCUCAGUCCUCUCUCCGACUCACCCAUCAAUCAUUGUGAUAAUUUGAAUUGUUAUUAUUUUAUCUUUUAAAUCGCAUUGUUUUAUUUUUUUAAUCAUUUAUUUCUCAAAUGGUAGACAUGCAUUUAUUUGAUUGUGUAUUUAAUACAGUAUUCUCUCUUCUUUUCCAAGUGUAUAUUCAUAACAAAACUUCAAGUAUAUAUAUAUAUAUAUAUUCGGUCUUACAGGGUACAUUUACAGUUAUCAAAUGGUAGUCAUUAUGUAAUAUAUGUUGGCAAUUAAUAUGUGAGUAGUCUAGGAAUCUAAACUUGCACAAAUAGGCUACACAAAACAUCUUAUAAACAAACAAGUUAUUAUUAGUGGUGGUGAUGUGUGUAUGUGUAAGAGCAUGCUCAUGACAAUCCUUCUGUCCCAUUCUAUUCAAUCUUGUACAAUGUUCUAUGAUCAAUAAUAAUCAUUGAAUCUCUCUACAUGUAUUAUUUAUCUUACUUUAUUUAUCGUUCAAUUAUAUACGUUUGUUUAUUAAUGAUCAUUUGUGAACAAUAAGAAUGUUAGAAAAUAACAACAUGAUGAUGAUCAUGAUUGAACAAGGAAUGUUUCAUAUGUACAAUAUCUACAUAGAUCUAUUGGAUAGUGUCUUUGAGUAUUUUGGUGAAGUGCAUACAUUAUAUAUAUGACUUUUCAAUUAAUAUUAUAUAUUCUUCACUUUACUAAUCAAGUAGAACUAGUGGAAAAAAUAAAAAAAAACCAACUGACGGACAGACAGACAGGCAACAACGUCAUUUACCCCAAACUCAUAAUAAUAUUUAUUAUUAUGUGUUUUUGUUCUCUUUUCUUUAUGGUAAAUAAAUAAAAUAGAUCAACAAAUAUGAGUAUUCAUUGACAAAAAAAAUGUUUUGA